AUGUUCUCCUUCACAGAGUUAUGCGAGGUGAUUGUCUUAGGUUUGACGCGGCGCGUCGAACGAGAAUCCAACCCGGGUCCCCCAUCACGAUUAAUUGAUUCAUGUGAUAUUGGAAAAUUUGGACUAAACUGUGUCUUUAACUGUAGUGGUCACUGCAAGGGUAAUGUUCCGUGUAACACAGAAACUGGACAUUGUGAUACUGGAUGUAAUGUAGGAUAUAAAGGAAAAUUCUGCCGUGAUGCUUGUUCCUUUGGAAGAUUUGGAAAUGGAUGUGUGAAUAUUUGCAGCAGAAAUUGUCAUUACAAUGAGACAUGUAGCCAUAUAAACGGAAUUUGUAGUAAAGGCUGUGCCCCUGGAUAUUUUGGAUCCCUUUGUAGUAAAGUUUGUCCUGUUGGUUCCUAUGGUUUGAAUUGUUCAGGCACAUGUUCUCGUAACUGUAUUGGUACUUGUGGAAAUACCGAUGGUUCCUGUAAAUGUGCACCUGGAUUUACUGAUUCACCAAAUUGCACCAUGAAGUGUUUCCCCGGUUUUUACGGUAUAAACUGUCAGUACAGAUGUAGCGGUCAAUGUGUCAAUGAUGAGACAUGCAGCAGAUAUGAUGGAAGUUGCUCUCAAGGGUGCAAAGAGAAUUAUGUUGGGGUAGCUUGUGCCUUUCUUCAGGAAACAAGUGCUUCAACAGUAGGACUUCCCAUAGUAGUUGCAGUAUAUUCUUUAUGUUUAAUGGCCGCCUUCAUUUUCUUUUAUUUGAGACCACAAUUCUGCAUCUCUAAGUUUGCCAAACCCAAGUUUGCACCAGAAGACAUGAAGAGUGGUCAAUCCUCAUCUCCAAAGACCAGUAACUCAGAUGACGACACACACAAUUACCAGGACCUGGACGCAAUCGACGAUAAAAACUCAUAUGAAUUAAUGCAAGCAUCCGAGAAUCUGUGUGCUUAUCAAAACCUAGAACUUACAAUAUAA